AUGGUGAAAAAAACAUGCUUCCUUGCAGGUCCAAGAAUUCCCAGAGAUAGAAAUAUUAACUUUCAAAGUCCUGAACUUCCCGUGACCUGUGGUAAGGCGAAGGGGACUCUGUAUAAGGAUAAAUUGAAACAAGGAGCCUCGGAGAAUUGUGUACAGAGUGAGGAUGGAAGGUGGUUCACCCCCAGGAAAUUUGAAAUUGAAGGAGGCUACGCAGCUUCCAAGAACUGGAAGCUGAGCCUUCGCUGCGGCGGGCAUCCCCUGAAGCACCUGAUGGAGAGGGGGUUUUUACCAUGCCCACCAAGAACAAGAAAACAGCGGAAAACACUGAAGCCUCGCAACGGAACCUUAGCUGACCCUCGUCUGGAAAACUCAAAUGUAUGUGAGGUGUGCAGGAUGUGGGGACGGCUGUUCUGCUGCGAUACUUGUCCAAGAUCCUUUCAUGAGAACUGCCACAUCCCAUCCGUGGAAACUGAGAGGAACCCAUGGAGUUGCACUUUCUGCAUAACAAAGUCUAUCCAGGAAAGGUGCCCAAAGAACCAACCAUGUCAUCAGGAAUCCGAGGUCCUGAUGAGGGAGAUGCUGCCUGAGGAACAGUUGAAAUGUGAGUGGCUCCUCUUGAAGGUCUAUUGCUGUUCCAAAAGCUCCUUUUUUGUCUCAGAACCAUCUUAUCAGAGUAGAGAGGGGUCUCAGGGACCACAGGAGCCCAUGUGGUUAGACAAAAUCAAGAAAAGGCUGAAUGAGAAGGUGUACCCCCAAGUGGAGGGGUUUGUGCGGGACAUGCGCCUCAUCUUUCAGAACCACCGGAUGGUUUACAGGGGCAAUAAAUUCAUCAAUCUGGGACUUCAACUAGAGGACAUCUUUGAGAAGAAUUUCAAAAACAUUUUUGCAGUUCAGGAAACAAGCAAGACCAGUUCUCAGUUUGGACACAUUGUUAUGCUAAUGUAGCCCAAUCCUGUUUCCCCCUUCAGGCCUUCUGCCACCUAGCUACCAGGGUGCCAACUUCCCACUAAUAUGCCUGUUCCUGUGCAAACAACAUACAGUCUCACACUUUUUUCCCCAAGUUUUUUCCUUGUCCACUCCUGUUCAUUUAUUUUUGUAAAUAAAAUGUAAAAUUGUCUUAUUAA